GAAGAAGAAGAAGGCACACAAGGUCGUAGUAGCAUUCAGUUACAGACAUGAUGUCCCUUGCUGCCCGGUCAGGGGCAUUUUCCCCUUACAUGCAGGCGACAGCUUUUGCGGUCGCUGGCCCCCUGAAAGCUCUGUUACCUGGGGUUGUGGUAAAGGGAGAGAAAAUUUUGUUGAACCCGAAGAAACAGUUCCUGUGCCGUGAAUCGCUGAACGGUCAAAGCCCAAAGACAGGGCCUGCUGUGACAGUUAGCAUCAAUGGCUGUGCAGGAGUCCGAUUUGCUCACACAGAUAUCAGGGUACCAGACUUCUCUGACUACAGGCGUCCAGAGGUGCUUGACCCCAGCAAGUCCUCCCAGGAGAGCAGUGAAUCAAGAAGAACCUUUUCGUACUUGGUCACCGGUGCCACAACCGUAGUAGGUGUCUACGCCGCCAAGACGGUGGUCACUCAAUUUGUUUCAUCCAUGAGUGCCUCAGCUGAUGUCCUGGCCCUGUCCAAGAUUGAAAUCAAGUUGAGUGACAUCCCUGAAGGCAAGAACAUGACCUUUAAGUGGAGAGGCAAACCGCUGUUUGUCCGUCACCGCACAGAAAAGGAGAUCACCACAGAAGCUGCUGUGAACAUGGCAGAGCUGCGAGACCCUCAGCACGACAAGGACCGGGUCAUCAACCCUAGCUGGGUCAUUGUUCUUGGGGUGUGCACGCAUCUGGGCUGUGUGCCCAUUGCCAAUGCAGGCGACUUCGGUGGUUACUACUGUCCCUGCCACGGCUCGCACUAUGACGCCUCAGGCCGCAUCAGGAAAGGCCCUGCCCCCCUCAACCUGGAAGUUCCCUACUACGAGUUUCCAGAUGAUGACACUGUGGUUGUUGGAUAAAUGAUACUCCUCAGACUGAGCUCUCAUUGCACAACAUCAAGAUCUGUAUGAUAACGGUGUACUGAACAGAGUGAGGAAUUGUUCAGGUGUAAUAAUGCUGUGUUCGUGUCUUAUUGGUUCUGUUAGGUGGAGAAAAUCUGUUCACAUCAAUUACAACUGGUGCAUGUAGAAAUCUUUUGUUGUGCUCUACCUGUACCUUAACAAAAUGAAAACAUACAGGAGCUACAGUUUCCUUUAACCUCUGCUUUUAAAUGCAAUGCAUUUAGAAUAUGGUGUCUGAGAAACACUUAGAAGUUGCCAUCUUCUCUUCUUUUCUAUAUAUGAUGUGAACAUAAAAUUAAAAACCCACCUAGUUUAUUAAACUACUGUAAUCCACCACAUUAGCAAAGAACACAUGUUAUGUUCAGGUCUGGUUAAUAAAUAUGAAUAAAUAUUUCAAUUUUAUUCGA